CAAACGUUCGUACACAAGCUAAAAUAUUUCCAGCUUUAUCGUCAAGAUGUUCACACGUAAAUUGCAUAAUGCUGAUUCCAGCAAAGUUUCGAAAAUAUCAGAUCCUGAAGCGCCCAAUUACCGAAUGGGCGAUUAUGGUUAUGGCAAGCAGGGAGUGCGUGUGUUUCAACUGAAGAAGGAUGGACCCGUCCACAGUGUGACCGAAUUCAAAGUAAAUUCUCAUAUGCGUCUACGCACACACAAGGAAUACUAUGACGCGGACAAUUCGGAUAUCAUUGGUAGUGAUGUGCAAGAGAAUACCAUUUAUGUGCAUGCUCAACGACAUGGUCUGCGUACAGCUGAAGAAUUUGCGCUCACACUUACCGAACAUUUCCUGGAGAAAUAUGAGCAAGCCGAAGAGUCGAACGUGAUUGUGGAAGAAUUGGCGUGGGAUCGUUUUGGUGAGCAAGAGCGCCAGGGCUACUACAAGGAUAAGCAACACAAUCAUGCCUUCAUGCGAAAUUCGAAUGGCACGCACAGUUGUGAAGUUGUGAGAACACGGAACGGUCCACCACUUUUGAUUGGCAAUUUCUAUGGCUUGCGCAUCGUGAAGACCGCACGUGCGCCCUUUACUGGCUAUGUUAAGGGCGAUAUGUUCUCCGAAGGUGAUAUGCACGAUCGCAUUUUGUGUACGGAUAUAAACGCGCGCUGGCAAUACAGUAAAGUGGUAGAUAUUGACUUCACGACACAUUGGUUGAAAGUACGCGACUUGAUAUUGCGUUCGUUUGCUGGUGAUCCUGAACAAGGUGUAGUCAUCACUAGUGUCCAGUAUGCGGCCUAUACUGCAGAGCGCGCUGUGCUCGAUGCAAUGCCCGAGAUUUGCAGCAUUUCGAUAAGUUUUCCAAAUUAUAGACAUUUUCCAUUUGAUUUCUCACGCUUUCCCCCGAUUGAACCGAAAGCCGAUGUCAUAAUUUGUAAUCCAGCGGAAACACCAUUGGGUUUGGGAUAUGCGCAAUUAGACCGUUUGGAAAAAUGAAAAAGUUGAAAAGUGGAAACUAAUUUCAUUAAAAUCAAUAAAAUGUGUUUGAACUAGUUAUAUUUGGUUGAAAUAAAUAUAUAUUAUGUAAAGGUU